AAGUGCAGAAGUGCAUUGAUAUGUAUGGUAAACAGUCGUUCGCGCAAUUGCUCUGUUAGUUGCCCUCGGACGCUCUCAACAAGCGCCACGUCUUGUCAACACUGUGCUCAAAUCAGUGCUAAUCAUGCCUGUGACGUACUGGAAGAUUCCACAGAACGAAAUCAUCGAGAAGUUCACAGUGAGUCGCCCAAUUGAGCUGUCGGAGGUGAACAACACCGAUCAGCCGGAAGACAUUCCGGUGGCCAAGAAGUGGUCGCUGCAGCCCUGCGUGCUGUUCCCCACCUUCGGCCAGAUCUACCCCGAGAUCCAGAGCCUGAAGGGGCGCCCCAGUGACAUCUGGGUCGUGAGCUUCCCCAAGUGCGGCACAUCGUGGACACAAGAGAUGGUGUGGCUGCUGGACAAUGACCUGGACUUCGAGACGGCGCGCAGCACUCUGCUAACGGAUCGCUUUCCCUACUUGGAGCUCAACUACCUGCCGAAUGGCGAACGUGGCCAGACGGUGAGAAAGUUGACCGAGAUGCAGGGUCAGCGGUACAUCAAGAGCCACCUUCCAGCCCACAUUCUGCCCAAAGACAUGUGGCGCGUCAAGAGCAAGGUGAUCUACGUGGCCAGGAAUCCCAAGGACGCCGCCGUGUCCUUCUUCCACCACUGGAGGAACAUGGGCCGAUACACUGGCAGUCUCGAUGACUUUCUCGAUGUCUUCGUCAAUGACUACAUCAUGUGUGGACCUUUUCACAAUCAUAUUCUUGACUUCUGGCGCAUGAGGGAUGAGGAAAAUGUCCUCUUUAUCACAUAUGAGGAGAUGAAGCGUGAUCUUGAAGGUGUUAUUAAGAAGACCUGCGCCUUCCUCGGCAAAGACUAUCCUUCUGAUCGCAUUGAGGAGCUGAAGAAUCAUCUGUCCUUCAAGUCAAUGCGAGAGAAUGACAAAAUUAAAAUCGAACACUUCACGGGCGUUUAUCAGGAUUGGCAGGAUCACACGUAUAGAUUUGUGCGAAAAGGCGAAGUGGGUGGCUAUAAAUCAGAAAUGUCUGCGCACUGGAUUGAGAAGUUCAACAAGUGGUCCAUGGAUAAACUCCGUGGGAGCGACUUUAAAUUUGAGGAAUAGAU